AGCUGCUGUUGAAGGAUGAGGAGUGUGAGAGGUUGUCUAAAGUCAGAGACCAGCUCGGCCAGGAGCUGGAGGAGCUCACCGCCAGUCUCUUCCAGGAGGCCCAUAAGAUGGUGAGAGAGGCAAACAUCAAACAGGCGAACGCUGAGAAGCAGCUGAAAGAAGCUCUCGGGAAGAUUGACGUCCUCCAGGCGGAGGUCCAGGCCCUGAAGACGCUGGUCCUGUCCUCGCCCACGUCCCCGCUGGGCGAGCUCCCCCCUGCAGGAGGAGGCGUGAAGACCCCCUUCAGGAAGGGCCACAGCAGGAACAAGAGCACCUCCUCCGCCAUCCUGGGGACGCAGCCCGACCCGUCCGCCACACAGCCCAUCGUCCGGGAGUGCAGAGAGGUGGACAGUCAGCUGUUCAGUGACUUCAAGGCCUGGAAGGAGGAGCCGACGCUCGACCGCAGCUGCUGCUUCCUGGAGAGAGUUUACCGAGAGGACAUCUAUCCCUGUCUCACCUUCAGCAAGAGCGAGGUACACACACCCCUCCGUCCCCUCCCACAGGGCCUGUACGGUCAUUGAAAACCUGGAAAACUCAUGGAAUUUGCACAUAGCAUCUUCCAGGCCUGGAAAAGUAUUGAAAAACUAAAUAUACCCUGAAAGUUCUGGAAAAGU